AUGGCCUUUCUCAAGAUGGUAGCUAUUAUCCGCCGUCGAUCGGGCAUGACGAGGCGUGAAUUUUUCAAUUAUCAUUUCCAAGUGCACGGAUCUCUGUCCACUGGGCCUUCAAAAGACCUUGCGCCCAAGAUCUAUUAUCAAACCCAUUUCUUUGACUCAGCCUAUUCGAAUGAAUCAGCAGCACAACCUACUUUUUCCGGUCAUGAUGAUACGACAGAACUUUAUUUCAAUGACAUCAGUCACGUUGGCGCAGUGUUCUCUAGCGACCACGUCAAGUCUGUGGUCGGUCCUGACGGCAGAAACUUCAACGACAUGGCCGGCGCAAUAGCCCUGUUAUCUCAAGAGCAAACUAUAUACGGCAAAGACGCCGCGUCCAAUACUGGCCUUGUUGCUAAAUAUCACCUUCAAGGUGCGGAUUCACCUGAGGAUGGCAGUGCACUUGCUGCUGAGCUCCAAGACGAUAUUCUCGCGGCGUUUGCACCUACGGCAAGAACAAUUACUUGGGAUGUUAGAAAGCCCGAUAACUUGGGAAUACUCCAGUACUUUGGCUCUCAAGAUGGACCAAAGCUUUCUUUGAUUCUCUCCGUGUAUUUGAAGGACGAAGAAAGAUCCAUUGAAGCGUUCCGAGAGGCACAAGAAGCCUUCGAGAGAAAAGUCGGUCAAAAGAUUUCCAAAAAUGUAUCAUUCGUUUGCUUUGGGAAGCGAGCUCUUAUUUUUGACCACGUUCGUGGAUUGGACUUUGACCCAAGCCGUCAGCCUGUUUUGUUUUGA